CAGGGACUGGUCUCAGUUGCACCCAGUUCGCCUGCAGUCAGUCUGCCACGCUUGUCAGCAUGGAGGAGUCUUACUGUGGAUUUCUGGUGGUGCUGCUUCUGCUGCAGACAGGCUCUCUUGUCUCCGUCUACAUCACAGAUGGCACAGGUUCUCUCCAUCAGGUUCUGUCAGAAUUCGACAUCAUUCGUCCAAUCAGAACCACCUCAGAGGGCAAUUUCAUGUCAAGGACAGUCUCUGCCCACCAUUUGCACCGCAGUAAGAGACAUGCCUAUGCCUCAAGUAAAACAGCCAUACCCAAGAAAAUCACAGGGAGCCAUUGGAAGGAUGUACCACCAUUAUUAGAACAGACUCCACCUACAGAGGGGUGGAGUCAGAGUCAGGAGAUCUUCUACAACGUGACCAUGUUUGGACAGGACCUCCACCUGAGGCUCCGCCCCAACACUCGUCUUUACACCCCCACUGCCACCAUGGAAUGGGAGGAGUCAGGAAAGGUUCAAUUUGAGCCAAUCAGAGCUCUUGGCUGCUUCUAUACAGGAACAGUGCUGGGCUUGGAGGAUUCAUCUGUGGCCAUCAGCAAUUGUGACGGUCUGGCUGGGAUGAUCCGAACAGAAGAAGACGAGUUCUUCAUCGAGCCACUGGAUCAGCAGAUGCCAGGAGAGGAGGAGGAGGAAGGAGGACGGCAGCAUGUCAUUUAUCGGUCUUCUGCCAUCAUCAAGCAGCCUUCAUCUGUCAAUCAAACCGCUGAAGACUACCUCAGAGCAGGUCCUCUCUUAGGGGCCCUGAACUUCUCCCAGAUGGGGUUCUCCUCUGGAGCUGGUUUCAGACGACAGCGGCGAGACACUCAGGGGGCUGAACUGUUCAACAUUGAGGUGCUGCUGGCAGUGGAUUAUUCUGUGCUUCUCUUCCAUGGCCGAGACCACAUCCAGAAAUAUCUGCUGACAUUCAUGAACAUAGUUAAUGAGAUCUAUCAGGACCGUUCUCUGGGAGCCAACAUCAACAUCGUCCUGGUCAGAAUCGUCAUGUUGUCCCCCACAAAGUCUCAGGAGCUGAUCUCGGUGGGGAACGCCCAGAGGAGUCUGGAGAACAUCUGUGGAUGGUCGUAUCUCCAGCACCGGGAGCAGACCCAUGCCGAGCAGCACGAUCACACCAUCUACCUGAGCAGGCAGGAGUUUGGGCCCCCUGGCAUGCAGGGUUACGCUCCGGUUACAGGGAUGUGCCGGCUGUACCGCAGCUGCGUUCUUGUGCUGGAGGACGGCUUCUCCUCAGCGUUUGUGGCGGCGCAUGAAACAGGACACGUGUUGGGCAUGGAGCAUGACGGCGAGGCCAAUGACUGUGCUGACGAUGUGCCUUUGGGCAGCAUCAUGUCUCCACGAGUGCAGGCCAGCUUCUAUCGUUACCACUGGUCCCGAUGCAGCUGGAUGGAGCUGCAGAAGUACCUGCACACCUACGAUUGUCUCCGUGACGACCCUUUUAACCAUGACUGGCCAGCUCAGCCUCCACUGCCGGGCUUCCAGUACUCCAUGGACCAGCAGUGCCGCUCCGACUUUGGCCCGGGAUACAGCCUGUGCACGGCCUACAUGACUCAUGACCCCUGCAAGCAGCUGUGGUGCAGCGACUACAACAACCCCUUCUUCUGCAAGACCAAAAAAGGCCCACCGCUGGACGGGACCAAGUGUGGACCUGGGAAGCACUGUUUCAGAGGCUUCUGCAUGAAGCUGACCCCAAACCUCCUCCGACAAGAUGGUGCCUGGGGGCCGUGGAGUGCUUUUGAUAGCUGCUCCCGAACAUGUGGUGGUGGCGUCAGGUUCCGGACCAGACGAUGCGAUAGCCCUCUUCCAGCCAAUGGUGGGCGCACAUGUUUUGGAAACAGCUACGAGUUCCAGCUAUGCAACCAAGAAGACUGCGAGCCUCUGACAGAUUUCAGGGAGGAUCAGUGUAAAGUCUGGAAUCCAUUCUUUGAGCAUGGCGGACAGAAGCAUCAGUGGCUGCCCUACCAGCAUCCUGAGCCUGAUGAGCGCUGCCAUCUGUACUGUCAGUCCAACCAGACGGGGGCUGUAGUGUCCAUGAACAGAAUGGUGCAUGAUGGGACACGGUGUUCGUACCAGGACAGCCACAGUGUGUGCGUCAGAGGAGAAUGUGAGCAUGUCGGCUGUGAUGGACAGAUUGCCUCGGACCAGGAAGAGGAUCGCUGUGGAGUCUGUGGAGGAGACAACUCCAGCUGUAAGGUCAUCAAAGGGAACUUCACCCGCAGCACCAGGACACAAGGUUACCUGAAGAUCCUGGAGAUCCCCAAAGGAGCUCGACAUCUUCUGAUCCACGAGUUCAAGGGAACUCCUCAUGUCUUGUCUCUUAAGAACUUGGAGACAGGUCACUUCUUUCUGAACAAUGAAGGUGAGCUUCCUGAAUCUCGAGUGGUGAUUGAGAACGGGGUGCUGUGGGAGUACAACAUAACCGCAGAGAAGGAGACUAUUCUGAGUUCGGGGCCUUUGAAGUACAGGGUUCUGCUCAUGGUCCGUUCCCAUGGCGAUUCCAAGGUCACGGUGUCCUACAAGUACAUCAUCCAGAAUCAGCUUUGGUCCUCGCUGGACUCCAACUUGGUGCAGGAGGACCCCAUCUUCUAUGAGUGGGCACUAAAGAAGUGGUCUCACUGUUCCAAACCCUGUGGAGGAGGGAAACAAUACACCAGGUUCGGCUGCAGGAGGAAAGCUGACGGACUGAUGGUGCAGAGGAUGUUCUGCUCCAACAUCAGCAAACCCAGAGCCAUCGGCCGCACAUGCAACACUGAGAGCUGCCAACCGCCACGCUGGGUAACGGGGGACUGGGGGGAAUGCAGCGCCUCCUGUGGUCAGACGGGGUGGAGGCGGCGCUUGGUGAGCUGCCAACAGAAGUCGAGCAGAGGUCAGGAGCAGCGCUCUGUACAGAGCAAGCUGUGCAGGGAUGUGCAACCGGAAUCCAAGCAGACCUGCAACCGGAUCCCCUGCCCUGCUGCGUGGAGAACCGGGCCAUGGACUGCGUGUUCGGUUUCUUGUGGAAAUGGCACGCAAGAACGACAAGUUGCAUGUCUGAAUCCUGAAGGUUCCCCUGGAAACUGCAGUGAGCCUGAGCCAAUCACAUGGCAGCGCUGUGAGACCCCGCCCUGCAGCGGCAACCAGAAAAACUCCAUCAUCCAGUGGCUCUCCCAGUCUAACCCAAACCGGCUGAUGCCACAGAUGACCUCCCGGCAGCGUUGCCGUGGUGAUCGCUCUGCCUUCUGUCGGAUGGAAGUGUUGAGUCGGUACUGCGCCAUCUCCGGAUACCGGCAGAUGUGCUGCAAGUCCUGCAGUGAGAGAAACUCUGCCCCCAGCGUCAGCACAGAGUCUCCAACUGGCAACAGCAGAUUGUGGAAAUGGACCACGGACAAUACAACAUCAGUUACCCAACUUCUGACAGGUAGCAGCUUUCUCAGCAGUGAUGUCAUCACAACACCAACUCCCAUUGUUGGUGUAAACCCAACCCCUUCCAGUGGGAGCCCCCCGGACUUUGUCUACGUAGAGUACGAUGAUUACGAGGCAUCCUCUUCAGAUGAGAAUUUGUCACAGUCGUUUGAGAUUCCUGACAUUCGUCCCACAUCCAUGGCAGCAGCGAUAACGAUGCCGUCAUCUCAACCCUUCAAGGCCAAUUCACCCUUUGUGCCUCCCAUUUCCUCGCUUACUAUGACAGUUUCUGAAAACCCAACAGUGGCGGCGGCGAGCACGCCUCCAGUUGUCCUCACCGCCACAGCAAAGGUCCCAAGCUUCCCCAACAGGAAUUAUACAGAAUCCGAACAUGCAAGGUCCCUCUCCAAGAAGGAGAACAACUCUAUGAACGAAGUCUGGUACCAGAUUGUGGGAGUGGACAGCAGAGGAGAUGUAGACCCGCAGAACUCCUUUGUGCGACAGAUGCCUCUGUUUCACGAGCGAACACAGAACAAACGUAUUCAGCAGCUCCUCAGCGAGAAACGGCUGCGGGGCUCUCUGGGCAGGGUGAACCGGACCAGAAACAACAGGAAACCCUGACCCUAGUACUUCCUGUUGGCAAACUUUGUGUAAUGCAAGUCUUUUAUAUCUCCUGACUACCAGCGGUCCUGCUGUUCCAAACCAUGCCCACUACUCACUUCAGUGCAGCACAUUUUCAUUGUUAGGAGCCAACCACUUUAGUUAUGAACUCAAACACCCUGAUGUAUAACACUGGGACACAGAUCACGUUUGACCCAGGACCACAGGAUGAUAUGAAGGAUCAAGGGGUGAACUUCGGAUCGGUUAAGGUCUGCUGCAGUUCUUCCAGCCAGGAUAUAUGCACCCAAAACACCUGCUUCUAAAUCAAGUUUUAUACAACUGUUGAUUUGGUUCUGGAUUACAGGACCAUUUUUUACUUCCUGUUUGAGUCCUACCUGCAAGUGCACAAAUCUGGAGUUCUUUUACUAACACCUAGGGACUGGUGACAGACGUCAGGCCCUUUUCACUGCAUGUUAAAACUCCACCUUUACACCCAGAAUAAACACAUUUAAAGCCUAAAUCAAGGAACUUUUUUUUAUCUCUACAGUUGGAUGUUGUCGCCAUAACUGUAUGAGGGAAUAAUAAAGUUGCUUUUUCUGUUUUGAAUA